AAUUUCCAAUUAUACCCUCCCCUGGAGAACAAACAGAGCGCUAACCCACAAAGCCCUAAACCCCAAGAAGAAUCCCUAAACCCAAAUUCACCAGAAACCGAUUGAAGAAAUAGGGACAUACAUAGCAAUGGAUCACAUAGCAGCAGCAGAAGAGAGAUUAUUCAAUGAAAGAUUGAGGCAGAAGCUCAAUGAGGUCAACGCCGCCGCCCAAUCGCAUCUUACCAGUGUACAAGACCACAUUAAUUUCACCCUCCAGCAAGCUUACUUCAAGUGUGCAUAUGAGUGCUUCGACAGGAGGAGGAAGCAGGACGAGAUAAGCAACUGUGUGGAGCAUUGCAGUGUGCCUGUGCUCAAUGCCCAGAAUCUGGUCGAGAAUGAGAUGGCUAAGUUUCAAGAAAAACUGAACAGGUCUCUCAGGGUUUGCCAAGACAAAUAUGAGGGGGCCAAGCUCCAGCCAAACAGCAAAAAUGCCAUGAACGAUCUGGAGUCAUGUGUUAACCUGUCCGUUCAAGACAGCAUUGAGAUGAUGCCACAUCUUGCUGGAAAAUUGAAGGCAUAUCUAUCAAUAAAAGAUUAGAAGCUAAUACGUCAUGCAAUGCUGGAAGCCAUUUUGUCCUGUUGCAUCCUCUUUAUACUUUUAGUAGAUUGAGGCAUAAAACUGAUCUGCAGCGACUAUUAAGCUAUUAUCAGAUGAACAUACCUUAAAUUUAUUGAUUCGCAACUUAGAAAUGAUGAAGAGUUGAUGUACUCAACAAGCUGUAUCACAAGAAUCCUGAUCUUUGAUGUGUGAGAGCAAAAGCUGAUAAAAAUAUCAAGACUUUGAGCAAACAGGAGGUUGCUGAUGGUACGGAGGCAUGAUAUUUUCCAAGAUUUAGUGGUAUUUCAAACGCAGGUCUGCGGUGGAAUAUAUGACAUAUCUCAGUAGGAGUCUUGUAUUGAUGUGUUGAUAAUCCAGAUACACUUGGCAUCCAAGUUCUGAAGAAACGCAUGUUUCACUUGUAAACAAAGUGGGGCUUUCGGGUGCUAAAUGAAACCAAAUACUUGCUUGAUGAGCAGGUGAAAAUCCAGCUAACUGGAACUUGGUAGUUUCCUCUUCUUUCUCCUUAGGUUAUUAUAAUAGGACUUCUUGUCUGAAAAUAUAUAUUUUGUUGAAGAACUGUUUUGGCACGGCGAAACUA